UGCAAGCGUCAAUCUAUUGUUACCGUACAUCGUGCCCCUUUUAGUAGGUACUCACCUAACAGUAUGUCUCUGUAUUCCAUUAGAAACAUGGUUCCCAAAACCAACCGAAAAUUGAAUGGCGGCGAUCAGCCACUUGUCGAAGAUGGAGUGGUGAUAACAGGUAUGGCGGGGAGCUUCCCUGGAUCCGACGACAUCUACCAAUACCGACAUAAUCUUGCGAACAAAGUCGACAUGAUCACCUCCGAGUCGCUACGAUGGACUACGAACGAUCCCGAAAUCCCUAGACGAGCCGGAAAGAUUAACUUCGUCGAACACUUCGAUUCGGGUUUCUUCGGCGUACACUCGGCGCAAGUCAACGCCAUGGAUCCCGCCGGUCGGUUACUCCUCGAGAAGGCAACCGAAGCCGUCUUGGACGCGGGGUACCGCCCUGACGAGAUCAGGGGGACGCGCACCGGCGUCUUUAUCGGUACGGGCCUGCCGGAAACGCAACGUGUCCUUUUCUACCAAAAUCUGACCUCACCGAACUUCGCAGGCAGCGGCUGUAUCCGAUCCAUGCAAUCAAACUGGAUAAGUCACCUGUUAGGUCUGGAAGGGCCGUCAGUUACCGUCGAUACCGGUUGUAGCAGCUCUUUAGUUGCGUUAGAUGACGCAUGUCGGGCGAUCAGAUCUGGAAAAUGCGACUCGGCGAUUGUUGGAGCUUGUAACCUGUGCCUGCACCCGAAAUCUUCAGUGGAAUACUCACGGUUAGGCGUGCUGAGCCAAGAUGGACGUUGCAAGUCGUUCGACGAAGAUGCAGAUGGGUACGUACGUUCCGAGGCAGUAACCGCGGUGUUCAUCCAAAGGGAAAAGGAUGCGAGACGUAUUUACGCGACUAUAAUCAACACAAAGACAAACUGUGACGGGUACAAAGAAGAAAGCAUUACGUUUCCGUCGCGAAAGGCAAAGAAAGAGCUCUUGUUAGAUUUAUAUCAGGAAUGUGGCGUUGAGCCCUCGUCCAUAGAUUUCUUGGAAGCACACGCUACAGGUACUAAGGCGGGCGAUCCAGAAGAGAUUUUCGCCAUGGACGAGAUAUUCUGCACCGCGCGCCAGAGACCUCUCCCCGUGGGAUCCGCGAAGUCCAACCAGGGUCACGCGGAGUCAGCAUCCGGACUGUGUUCCCUGACGAAGGUGCUUUUGGGCAUGGAAGGAGACAAUCUUCUGCCAAACAUUAACUUUUCCAAAAGCAACAUCGACGCGAUCGUAGAGGGUCGAAUGGCCGUCGUAACCGACUUGGUCCCGUGGCCGAAGGAACAGUCCGGUUUGGUGGCGGUUAACAAUUUUGGAUUUGGCGGUGUCAAUGCUCACGUUCUGUUGAGGCGGCAUGCAAAGGCGAAGGUCAAUGGUGGAGUUCCGGAUGACGACUUGCCGAGGCUGGUGUGUUUUAGUGGACGUAGUGGGGAGACCAUUGACGCUUUUACUGAGGAUUUGGAGCAAAGGACACUAGACGGGGAGUUUGUACGGUUGAUGCACGAACUUUUCAGUAAGCAAAUGGAUGAGCACCUGUAUCGUGGGUUUGUUAUAGUGGAGAAGUCUGGAGUCACAGAACGGUCAAGGAGAUGCAUUGAACGGCGAACUGCUCCACUUUGCUUGGUAUUUGGUGGUCCUAAUUCAGAAUUGCUCAAAUUUGUCCAGUGCCUUGGGCAAUUCCCAGUUUACUCGGCUGCCUUAACACGGAUUCAAGCGGCGGUUAGUUGUUCGACACUUGACCUAACCCAGAUAUUCAGUGCUGGGUGGGACCAUUCGCCAGCUGAUCUGGUACUCGCAACAGUACUGAGCCAACUGAUUUUGGUCGAACUGAUUAAGUGCGUAGAGUUGAAUGUGGAGUAUGUCGUAGCAUAUUCCGUCGGUGAGAUUUCCGCAGGCUACAUGACGGACUCGCUCAGUUUGAAGGAUGCCGUGACCAUAGCUUUCCACCUGAGGGAAUGUCUCAGCACAUUUGAAGGCAAUAAUGGCGGGUAUCAAGAUCCACUGGAACCAAACCAAACCUGGACCGAACACCAACAAGCGUUGACCGUAGAUCUGAAGAAUAGACUAAAGUCGCAGGUGAUCUUCCCCAAACAGAGGUCAUCGAAAUGGAUUUCGGUACACAAUGAAUCGAACCGGGAAUUCUCCGCGGAGUUUUUAAUUUCCUCCAUGUUUACUCCCGUGCGAGGUCUCAAAUCGAAGCUUCCAUUUUUUAUUUUGCACGCCGAAGAAGAUCUACCCUGUCUUGGAGACUUCUCUCAGCAGUUACGAAUGGAACCAAACGAACACUUUCUCGUCACUUUGGGCAAACUUUACGAGUGCGGGUAUAACAUGAAGCUUUCCGGUUUGUACCCAACGGUUUCGUGGCCGCUAAGCGCCGGUACUCCAUCGAUUUCGCCUUUAAUUAAAUGGAACCACGAGGAAAAUUGGUUUGUGCCACUUAGCAGCGGGACCGAAAACGUGCACAGCGGUUCAGCCAUGGUUUCAGUGGCCGUCCAAGACAAGCAAUGGGAAUUUAUUACUGGACAUGUCAUAGACGGAAGAAAUAUAAUUCCGGCAACCGCUUACCUGAAAAUUGUACGGGAUUUCUACGCAGAAGUUCGCCAGGACGAUUUACGUGUAAUUUUCGAAGACGUUCAAUUUCACAGAACGACGCAUUUUUCCAAAGCAGACGCCGUAAAAUUGUUCGUGUCAGUUCAGAGGACAACUGGAGCAUUCGAGAUAGCGGAAAUGGGAGAAGUUAUCGUCAGUGGAAAAGUUCGCAGACUGAGGCAAAGCGACGCUCCUUUAACGAAUCAUCCCGUAUCACUCAACGUAUCGAAUCCUUUCAAAUUACACAAGUCAGAUAUUUACAAGGCACUCAAACUCAAAGGCUACGACUACAGUGGACUAUUCCGUGGUAUGGAGUCGUGCGACUUGGAUACCGGCACGGCUUUAAUCGAAUGGUCGGAUAACUGGACGGCCUUGAUGGAUAACAUGCUGCAAGUUCAGCUUCUGGAAUGUGGUGGUCUUUCCGUUCCCACUCAUAUCGGACGGGUGGUGAUUCGCCAGGAAUUUGUAUCCAAUGGAAAACUGCCGGUUCACGUGUCGACUCACGCCAAUGUCGUUAGAUCUGGGGGCGUUGAGGUUGGGGGCCUGAUCUCAAAUGCUGUAUCCAGACAACGAAUGUCCAGGGAGCCCGUUUUGGAAGCGUACAAGUUUGUACCAUUCGAGGGGCGUUUAGAUCUGGAGGAAGCUGUAAGGGUCAACACUCAAAUUAUAAUUGAGAACGUGCACCAAACCCUCUUCGACUGUGUCGAAGUGAUGGAUGACGCUCAAUCCUUGGUACCAAUCACGCCAAUACUGCAGCAAGCGUUAGAAGACGAACCGCUGGUGCAAACCCAUUUGGUCAUACUCACCAAUCGAGACUUCAAAUUUGACAACAUCAUAGUGAGCAACCUUGAGCAACCCCAUGAUCACUUGCUGUUGAUACUGACAAACGCACUUCAACGCCCCCUGUUACUCGAAGAAUCGGCAAGGGCAGUAAAACAAGGCGGUUUUCUGCUAUCGCGAGAAGCAGCAGGCUAUCUGCCCAGGCCAGAAGGUAUCCGAGGCCUUGAGAUAAUAAGCGUUUAUGAGACGGAAACCGAAGUACUCGUUUUGCUCCAAAAACAGGCACCAAGACCUGACAGUGUCAUUGUCGAUUUAAGCAACGUGCCAAACUUCGAAUGGCUGCCAAUCCUGCAACGGCUAGUUAUCCGAGAUGAAAAACCCAUCAUGCUUCUGGCACAAGACGACCCGUGCAGCGGAGUAUUGGGACUCGCGAACUGCCUCAGAUUCGACCCCUACACACAAAGGACACUCUGCACUCACGUCAUGGACGAGGAGGCUCCCAAGUUCGAUCCGAAUCACCACUUCUACGCCAAACAGAUGAAGAAGGGUUUAUCCGUGAACGUAUACAAAAACGGAAGGUGGGGCAGUUACCGUCAUUUACUCGUCAGACAGUCGAAGUUGGUGCAAUGCGAGCAUGCGUUUAGUUGCGCGCUUACGGUAGGAGACUUUUCUAGCUUUAAGUGGUUGGAGGGACCGCUAAAACGAGAAAGCCAAGUUAGCUCGGAGCAGAACUUAGUCUCUAUACACUACGCCGCUCUCAACUUUCGAGAUGUAAUGAACGCGUCGGGACGGAUCAGUGCCAUGGAGCAGCAAAUGUUGCAGGGAUUUGAAUUUGCUGGACAAUUACUGACAGGUCAAGCUGUGAUGGGUAUGGUGAAACAGGGCGCACUUUCGACAAUGGUAAUGGCUGAUCGUGCCAUGACACUAACUGUACCAGAAGGAUGGUCUAUGGAGGAGGCUGCUACCGUAACUGUAACAUAUGUUACUGCUUUACUAUGCCUGGAACAUGAGGCUCGCAUAAAAAAAGGCCAAAGCAUUUUGAUUCAUUGCGCAACCGGAGGCGUAGGACUAGCGGCCCUAAACGUCGCCCUCCAUUACGAAUGCAAAAUCUUCGUAACAGUUGGCACGCCAGAGAAACGCGACUACAUUCGGCAACACUUCCCCGAAAUACCAGAUGACCACGUCGGCAGUUCCCGUAGCACCUCUUUCGAGCACGUCGUCCUUAGAGCGACAAAGGGGCGCGGUGUUGAAGUAGUGCUCAACUCUUUGUCGGAAGAGAUGCUUCGGGCAUCACUUCGAUGCUUAGCUCGUGGAGGCAAAUUCAUGGAGAUUGGAAGAUACGACUUGCAGUGCAACCACAAGCUCGACGUCGCUGUACUCGGCAAAGGGCGCAGUUUUCAUAGUGUGCAGGUAGACAACUACUUUAGCGAAGUUCCAUCGCGACAAAAGCGUGCAAUGGACCUUCUGAGGAACGGUCUUAAAAAGGGUUUUGUGAAACCCUUGCCUUACACCGCCUUUGAAAGGGAUGAUAUCGAACCAGCCUUUCGCUUCAUGGCCAGUGGUAAGCAUAAAGGUAAAGUUCUUUUAAAAAUCACCGGACAAUCGGCCCUCUCGUACGGAACACCUCGAUUCUACGGGAACGCCCAAAACUGCUCGAUACUAGUUGGAGGACUGGGAGGUUUCGGUUUGGAGUUAGCCGAGUGGUUAGUGCAGAGAGGGACGAGAAAGUUAGUUUUGGUAUCGAGAACCGGCGUAGGAAACGGUUACCAAGCGGCGAAGAUCAGGAACUGGAAGCAGUACGGCGUAACCACUUUGGUUUCCACAGAUGACGUCGCCACCCGAGAAGGAUGCGUGGAUCUGUUCAAAAUGGCGAACCAACAAGGCCCGGUUGAAUGUAUAUUUAACUUGGCUGUUGUUUUGAGUGAUGCCAUUUUGGAGAACCAAUCGUUGGAAACGUUUGAAGUAUCAUUUCGGCCGAAAGCACUUGCGACCAAGUUCUUAGAUCAGGUGUCGCGAAUUAUGUGUCCAGAAUUGAGGCAGUUCGUUGUGUUUUCAUCGAUGGCGUGCGGUAGAGGAAACGUCGGACAGACUAAUUACGGCAUGUCGAAUUCAAUUAUGGAACGGAUAUGCGAGAAGCGAAAGAGUGAUGGAUAUCCAGGUCUGGCGAUUCAAUGGGGCGCCAUUGGAGAGGUAGGGUUACUGACCAAGAUGCAAGGGCUAACUGCUAACAGCGAAGUGCGAGGUACACUGCCUCAAAGGAUGUCGUCCUGUUUGGGUGCCUUGGAGAAGUUUUUAACUCAGGACGAGCCUGUGGUUGCUAGUAUGGUGGUCGCUGAGGAAAACGAAGGCGGGAAAAAGUCGGAGAACAUCGUUAACACUGUCAUGCGUAUAAUGGGUAUCGCGGAUUUGAAAGCCGUCGGGAUGCACAGGUCAUUCUCGCAAUUGGGAAUUGACUCAAUUAUGACUGUUGAAAUGAAACAAACUUUAGAACGCGAAUUUAAUUGUAACAUCAGCACCAAAGAUCUACGCCGCAUGACGUUUGCAAGAUUACAAGAGAUGGAACAUGAGUGGUUAGGCGUAGAGCAACCUUCGAGCGAGAUUUCCAGACGAAUCGCUGAGUUGUACUUUUACAUGCCAAAUAUUGCCGACAACCUAGCGGAAUAUUCGCAAAUUAUCAGACUGAAGACUUUGGUAUCCGAAACCGACAUUGCACCUUUGGCGAUCCUCCUCCCUGGAAUUAAUGGAACGGGCACUCUCCUCGAACCUUUGGCUGCCUUUUUACGUUGCCACGCUUACUGCCCACAGUACGACGAUUCCACCUCCUCCAUUGAGGAGUUGUCGCAGCAAAUACUCUUCCAAUGCCUCAGCCUCCUUCCGAAACAAGCCCCGUUCACAGUUGUUGCCCAUUCCUUCGGCUGCGUAGUGGCGCUGCACCUGGUUUCGCUCCUGGAAAGCAAAGGAUACGAGGGGCAGCUAGUUUUAAUCGACGGCUCCCCCAGCGUCUUCAAAAAGCAGCUGUCCGCCAAAAUUCCAAACGUCGAGGAUGAGAGGUUUUUGCAAAGCUACGUCCUUACAGGUCUCGCGAAGUUCUGGAUCCCAGAAGACAGCCGAAUGGGCGUCGCGGAGACUCUUCUUGAUUGUGCGAACCUCGAGGAACGAGUUGGUCGACUACUGAAAUUCGCGCCCAAUGAGGCAGUAGCGGCGAAAGAUCGGUACAGAAAAAUUUUAGCAUCGACGUACGGUCGAAUUAAGAGCUGCCUUCACUUUGAAACCUCGUUUAAGAUAAGAUCUUCUGUGACCCUGUGUAAACCGACCCAGUCGGUGUCGCGAGAGGAUUACGAGCUCGGAAAGCUGUGCGAAGGCCCGAUCUUGACUAAAACUUUUGAUGGCACUCAUUUUACAGUUUUAAAAAAUAGGGAGAUGAUUGAAACAAUUAACGAGUUAAUUAAUCGAACUUAGUCUAAGAUUGGAUUAAAGUG